AUCUGAAAUUCAGCUUGUUUUGGAGAGAUUUCUGUUUAAGUUGAACAUCCGGGUGCAGGCAGCGAUCGGCACCAUGGAGAGCAGCGUGGUGCACAUCUUCAAAGAGGACAGGUGUCCCUCGGAGGACUGUUUUCCAAACUUCACCGAUCUACCCGGCUCCUCAGACGUCUUCAACUACACCUCCAACGGCACCUGGGACGCUGAACCCGAGCCCAUGUCGCCCAUCAUCCCCAUCAUAGUCGCGUUGUACUCCGUGGUGUUUGUGGUGGGCUUGGCGGGCAAUUGUUUGGUGAUGUAUGUCAUCAUCAGAUACACCAAAAUGAAAACAGCCACCAACAUCUACAUCUUCAACCUGGCUGUGGCCGACGCUCUGGUCACCACCACCAUGCCUUUCCAGAGUACCGACUACCUGCUGAGCUCAUGGCCGUUUGGCGAGGUGGCGUGCAAAGUCUUCAUCUCCAUCGAUUAUUACAACAUGUUCACCAGCAUCUUCACCCUGACCAUGAUGAGCGUGGACCGCUACGUGGCCGUGUGCCACCCCAUCAAGGCCCUGGACUUCCGCACGCCCGUCAAGGCCAAGAUCAUCAACGUGAUCAUCUGGCUGCUGUCGUCUGCUGCCGGGAUCCCCGCCAUGAUACUGGGCAGCACCAAGACCAAUAACGGGACUACAGAGUGUGCCCUGCAGUUCCCUGAACCCUACAGCUACUGGGACACCCUGAUGAAGAUCUGCGUCUUCAUCUUUGGCUUCGUGGCACCCGUCAUCAUCAUCACUGUCUGCUACACGCUGAUGGUGCUGCGUCUGAAGAGCGUGCGCCUGCUGUCAGGCUCACGAGAGAAGGACCGUAACCUCCGCCGGAUCACCCGCCUGGUCCUGGUGGUGGUCGCCGUCUUCGUGGUGUGCUGGACGCCCAUCCACAUCUUCAUCUUAGUCAAGGCGCUGUAUGGCAACGUUCCCGAGACCACCGGCGUCAUGGCCGCCUACUUCUUCUGCGUGGCGCUGGGCUACACCAACAGCAGCCUCAACCCCAUCCUCUACGCCUUCCUGGACGAGAACUUCAAGAGGUGCUUCAGAGACUUCUGCUGCCCCGGAGUCAAAGGACACGGAGACUCUCAUGGGGUGAGUCGGGUGAGGAGCACCCUGCGGGACCACUCGUGUCCCACAGAGGCCCGGGGGGGUGGGAGGCAGGCCCGGCCCGUAUGACUAGCCAUGGACACGUCCUUCAUGCCCUGUCAGAGCUGGGAGGACUCCAACGACCUGCCGACUCAAGUCACCACUGCCAUCUGAGGGAGGGGCUAAAACCAGGGCAAGCUUUUAUUUAUUUAUCCAGAGUGAUGCUCAGAUACUCCACAGCCAAGUUUACUUAAAGGUCAAGUUCAAGUGUGCAGGAAUGAGUCCUUAAACCCAACUAUUCGUAAGUAUGUUGGCACUUCUGGUUCCCUCAUCUUGGGACUUCUGUCAAUUGCAUUUACGCUUCAACAAUUAUAAAUCUAGUGUUACUGCAAGUCGACCGCUGAUCAUUUACUACAUUUACAACUUAAUUUACUAUUUACUACAUGAUAGCAAUUCUUAUUACUAUAUGUAACAGUGACAAUGAUUGUGCUUGGGGCUAAGGGCUACACACAGGGUAGAGAAGUGAGAAAGUAUUGAGACAUUUUUCUUUUAAAGUUUGUUUUUCCGUGGGAUCUGUUGACAUUUAGAAAAAUAAAGAUUGUUGGAACAAUCAUUUAAAAUGUACUUUAGGUUUAAGCCUUUGAGACCGUGAUUGUGAAGUGUAGUUAAUGCCUCUGGAGUCACAACCCAGAUAAUAAAUCUAAUAUUUUGAAAUGUAUAAAAUGUACAAAGCUGAAAUCCAGCAAAGAAAAGCAAAGUGUCAUUACUGUUCACAUUGUUGGUAUGAACAAUGAAAAUAUGAUUAAGAUGUCACGAUGAGACAAACCAAAAAUGAUUUAUUAUUAUGUAGCUUGACCAGAUUUUGUUCACCUUACUUGGUAAGUCAACUAGUGGUUUGUGAACAAAAUUUAAAAAAGAAAUCAGCCCUAAUUAUUUCGGGAACAAACUGCAUUAUGGGUAUUGUUUUUAACUGAUUGUGUAUUUUUGUGAAUUGUAUUUUUGAUGCUGUAAAAAUGUGUGAAUAGUCUAUAUGAUUGGCAGUGAACCCAUGAAAAAUAUAUAGGGAGGCUGUAGCUCAGUGGGUAGUGUGAUGGACUUCGAAUCAGGGGGCAGCAAGUUCGAGUCCCACUGCAGUCAACAUGUCGUUGUGGGCAAGACACAGUAUUGAAUGUAUGUAAGUUGCUUUGGAUAAAAGCGUCUAACAAAAUGAUAUGUAAUGUAAUAUAGUAAUCUCUCAGGGAUCAUCCUGUGUAAGUCACUACUAGAACGUACUACAUUAAGUAUUUUCCUCUUGACUGAUGGCUGACUUUGAUGAGGCUUUGGUCUCAAAGCUAUGUGCACAGUUUGUUCUUUGAAGCCAUUUUAACAAACUACAAUUACAUCUGACACCGAUCCACACCUUUUAUUCCAGGCAGUAGGUGUUGGUUGUAUACAUUGUUACGUUAACUGGCCUGUUCACACCUUGUCUGAAAUACUAGUUAUUUGAAAAACUGGGUUACAGCGCUCCAAGGAAACAGCUCACAUGACAACCACAUAUGUAUCAAUCCAACAUGCCUUUUGGUGUUUGGUGCAAUUCAAUGUUCAUACUGUAAAUAACAAUGAACUCAUUAGUUUAUUGUCUUGGAAAUUGGGUGUUUACAUGUAACUGAUUACUGUCUUUGUUUCCUGAAUUAUUUUAGCUUUCAUACGAGUCACUAGAUCAAAUCAUGCUUGUGAUGGUUUUUCUUAAUGUAGAGCAACCUGUUAAUAUAUGUAUCUGUCUAAAUCUGAUAGGGUAGUUAUAGCAGAACAUGUUUUUAUGUGUGCCUUAUAUUAAUUGGCCUCUAAACUCAGCUAUUUUGCUUAUUUUAAAAGAUCAGCAAUUAGCCACAUCCAUUUUGAUGCUGCCUUUCUUUCCCUUUAAUGAUAUGAAAGUAUGUUGUGGUAUAAACGUACUGCUUUUAAUUAUUGUAGCAUUAUCUUUAAAACUCUAGAAGUCCUACUGAGGACCCCUGUUGGUUACUGGUAUGUAUUUCUUAUCUAUUCCUCAAAUACUGUAUUUUAAACAAUAGAAAAUAUUGUUUUCAUAUUCAAAUGAUCAGCUCAGGUCUGAGCACCACAUACUGUGUGUAUAAUGUGCUGUUGCAUUAUAAAUUGACUGUAUCUGUUGGAUAUGUUGCUGUAUCUUUUAGCUUUGAAUAUCAAAACAUGCUCCAUGUGUCACAU